AUGGUUCUCCCUUCUUCCAAAACCCAACGCCGUGAACGACGAGUUCAAGACCACCACCGUCGAAGCUCCACCGGUGCACUCUUAGAAGAUUUCGUAUAUGUACCACCUUUCCCAACCCUUGGAUCAUUUCUCAGAAUUAUUGCACCUGGAGGAAGAAAGACUCCAAACUUCAAGGCUGCAAGUGCAAGAGCUGAGUUUGGUUUGCAAGACCGAUUUUUACUCAAUGCAGAGGUUCAAUUUCUGGUCUUCAACAACAAACAGACAGCAAUGUGUUGUAUCAUGAGUAUGAACUACUCUGAAGUAUCUUCCUAUUUUUGUAAGGAAACUGGCUUGGUUUUAUGUAUAGGUGCAGGGCUGAACCAGUUUUGUAGCAGAUGGGGGCUCUUUAAUUUCCCUUUUGGAAUAAGUCUUGAAGUACACUUGGAUUUUGAUUGA